CCACUUUCACCAACUAGCACACUCUUCUUUUUAUUCCCCACAUUCGUUACGCAACCACAAUCUUUUCAAAUGAAGUUCACUCUCUUCGCUACUGCCGCCUUCGUGGCUGGCGCCAUUGCUGUACCAACUUCCCCGUCUUCUUACAAUAGCGAUCCCUGCGACGGCCUGUCCAAGGCGUACAAGGAGUGCAAGGCCAUUCAGGACCACGACUACGACCUUUGGCAGGCGGCCAUCAAGUACGAGGCUCUCCAAAAGUCCCAGUACGAAUCCUGCAAAAAGCUUGAGGCCAAGUACGAGGCAGACUACAAGACCUGCAGCGCGAAAAAGGCAGACGCAAAGAAGGCAUACGAUGCCGCCAAGAAGGAUGAGGAUGCUGCUGCCAAGGAGUACAACUCGUGCGAAUCGAAAUCCAAGCCAGAGUACAAGAAGAAGUGGGACGACGCCAAGAAGGCAUCAAAGAAGGCCUACAACGACUGGAACAACUGCUGUGAGGAUCCUGAGAAGAAGUACGAGGAUCAGGUCCAGAAGUGCAAGAAGGAAGGAACGGAGUGGAAGGCUGCCUGGGAAAAGAACGCCGCCGCCGAGGCCGAACUCCACAAGCAGGAAGGCAUCUGCAACUGGAAGCGUGAUCAGGUGAACGACUGUGAGAAGAAGAACCAGGACCCAAAGCAGCCUUCCGGCUACAACAAGCCAAAGGGUUACUAGAGAAGAAGAAAGAAACUCUCCCCUGCUUCUUGUUAUGACCAACCACCACCCUGCCCUGCCACUGAGCAGAACUUCUAGUUUUGAUGGGAAGGUUCUGGGAACAGAGGACUUCCUGAUUUGUGUAUGUAAUGGCUAAUCGGCAUGAGAGGCUGUGUUAUGAUAUCUAGUGUUUGAAAAUCGAAUCGAAUCGUCGGAACAGAG